GGAGGGAGAAAGGAACAGAGAGAACUGCAGAUUAAAACGUUUUUUUUUUUUUGUCUGUGUAAACCUGAUCUAUUGAAGCCUAUCUCUCCACAGAGUCAGCCCGAGAACAAGAGGCGGCGGCGCGGACAGUUUUUGAGCGCGUCUAACGCACCGUAUCUCCAAGCUGCGUUUGCAGCGAUGCACACCGACCAGCCGGUGAUGAUAUCUCUCAGGAGAUAAAAAUCCCUAAUUGAUUUGGAUUAAUCUGCGCCAGAGUCUGCUGGAAAUGAACUCUGAAGGUGCAUGCCGGUCUCAGAGUAUUCGUGAUAAGAGUCGGCGCUUCUCCUCCUUCCCCAUCCACAUGAGAAGUUUGACCGGAGCUGGCUGAAGGGAGGCUACCUGUGUUUCCGACUGGCUGUUUACUCUUUGUGGCUCAAGCAACUGGACGACUGUUUCACAGGACACUGAGGGUUGCAUGCAUCAGUGCCAAGAAACUGCAUUACGUGGGAGACUUACUGCUAAGGAGACACAGAGACGUUGCUGGAGGAUGGAGGUGGGAACCAAGCAAGGACGCGCGCAGAGGAACGGACGCAGUGACGCCGUGGCCAGAGAACUACGCCCCUCACCCUGCACCAGCCUCAAGAUGUUUCUGGUGGCUUUGUCCUUUGCCUAUUUUGCAAAGGCUCUGUCGGGGAGCUACAUGAAGAGCACAAUUACUCAGCUGGAGAGGCGCUUUGACAUCCCCAGUUACCUAAUAGGUGUCAUUGACGGGAGCUUCGAGAUAGGUAAUCUGUUGGUGAUAGCUUUCGUCAGUUAUUUUGGGGCCAAGCUCCAUCGGCCAAAAAUUAUCGCCGUGGGUUGUGUACUGAUGUCCAUUGGUACCUUCAUCAUCGCUCUGCCGCACUUCAUCAUCGGACGCUAUGAAUAUGAAACAUCAGUGAGGUGGGUGGUUAACUCAACACUCAACCCUUCUCCUUGUCCGGUGGGCUCACCAGCAGACCUGUCCCAAUAUGGUAAACCACCACAAGUGCCAGCUACAGGAUGUGAAGGUGACUCCAACCUGUCGAUGUGGAUCUAUGUGCUCCUGGGAAAUGUCUUGCGAGGGAUCGGAGAGACGCCUGUUCAGCCACUUGGGAUCUCUUAUAUAGAUGAUUUUGCUACUGAGGAGAACGCUGCGCUCUAUGUUGGCUGUGUGCAGACCAUUUCAGUAGUUGGACCUGUGUUUGGCUACCUGUUGGGCUCUCUUUGUGCCAAAAUAUAUGUGGACAUUGGAUUUGUAAAAAUGGAAACUAUCACCAUCACCCCAGCAGAUGCCCGCUGGGUUGGGGCCUGGUGGUUGGGCUACCUUAUAGCUGGGGUCAUCACCCUGCUCUCUGCCAUCCCAUUCUGGUUUCUGCCCCGCUCCCUGCCCAUAUCCGGGUCCCAAGGCCCAGAAAAUGGCACACCGGAACAGACAAGUUUCAUAAAAGAGCCUCCUCUUCUGAAGCACAAGUAUCCUGCAGAUGAAAACACUACUUUCAUAGAGAUGGCCAAAGACUUCAUUCCAACCCUGCGGACUCUGCUGGGACACCCUGUGUAUUUGAUCUACCUGUGUGUGACAAUCAUCCAGCUGAACUCUCUCAUCGGCAUGGUCACCUACAAGCCCAAGUACAUCGAGCAGCACUUCAGGCAGUCUGCCUCAAAGGCCAAUUUUCUCAUGGGUGUGAUCAAUAUCCCAGCUGUGGCACUGGGUAUGUUUUCUGGAGGCCUGCUGAUGAAGAGGCUGAAGCUGAACAUCAUGGGCGCAGCCAGGUUUGCCUUCGGAACAUCUCUGAUCGGUUACAUCCUGUCGCUGUUCUUCUUUGCAAUGAGCUGCGAGAAUGCCAAGGUAGCUGGUGUGACACUUUCGUACAAUAGCAUGGGCACGAUAUCUUACGAUGCACACUCAGUGUUUGCAGCCUGCAACUCAGACUGUUUUUGUUCAGCAAGUGACUGGGAUCCAGUCUGUGGAGAGAAUGGCAUCACAUAUGUUUCUCCCUGUCUCGCUGGCUGCACAGGCUCUGCUGGCUCAGGGAAAAACACAGUCUUCUCUAACUGUAGCUGUGUCGGUGUGGCUGGUAACUUUACGGCCAGUACAGGUCAGUGCCAUCACACAGAUGACUGUGACAGGAUGUUCCCGUACUUCCUGGCUCUCUCAGUCAUCACUUCCUUUAUCAUCUCCCUGGGGGGAACACCUGGCUACAUGCUUCUCAUCAGGUGCAUCAGACCUCAGCUGAAAUCUCUGGCAUUGGGUUUCCAUGCUCUGGCAACGCGUACCCUUGCAGGGAUCCCAGCACCCAUCUACUUUGGGGCAAUCAUUGACACCACAUGUCUAAAAUGGGGUCAGAGGAGGUGUGGAGGCUUAGGAGCCUGUAGAAUCUACAACACCACUGCAUACAGGUACUCACACUCUAGCAUGUGGCAUUCAGAGUUUUGUAGAUCUGUCAUUUUCUGUAUUGGUAACAUUUAG